AUGCCUCCGCGCGCCAGAAGAGGCGGGGCUUCUCGCAAGGCCCCCGCAUCCACCUCUGCCCGCAGAAAGGCUUCCCCCGUCGCGGUUUCCGCUUCCCCCGCUUCGCAGCGCGGUGCUUCCGACAGCCCCAGCGUUGCUGAGGUUCCUAUCACUGCGUCGCCGCUCGCGCUGCCUGGGAAAUCCGCUGGAAAAUCUCCUGCAAAAUCUCCUGGGGGUCGUGCUUCGGGUUCUCCUGGGACUGCGCAGGCGGUUGACGGGUCGCCAGGGCAGACCAGCAGACAGCUGCGGAGCCAGAAGCCUGGAGAGUCUCCGAGCGUGCCGAACGGAGGGUCGCCGAAACCUCGGGGAAGGAAGCGAGGGUCGUCAGACGGAGAGAAGGACGCUAAGAGGCCGAAGGCAGGCGAGAAGGCCAAGGGAGCCGCGUCACCAGCAGGAAAGGCCGCAGCAGCAGCAGGGGCAGUAGCAUCACCAGCAGCACGGAAGGCAGGGAAGGCCGGGAAAGCGGGGAAAGAAGGGGAAGCGGGGAAAGAAGGGGAAGCGGGGAAAGAAGGGGAAGGAGGGGAAGCAGAGGAGACGGUGAAGCAGGAAGACGCAGAUGAGGCUGUAGAGAGAGAGGACGAGGGGGACGCGGACGAAGAGCAGGGAGGUUCAGGCGAGGAGUCCCCAGCAGAAGGGGAGCAGCAACGGCGGGGCGCGCGCAGAGCACGCGGAGAAGGCAGGGGGGGAGCGGGAGGCGCAAGCAGCGGCGCAAGGGCUCGUGGACGGGGUCGUGGGGCGCGGGGGAGGGGGGGGAAGGCUGGCGCUGGCCUUGUUUCCCCUGACCGCCCCAUGUCCCCAGGGGGAGCGGCAGGCGCGGGGAAGGGAAGAGGCCCCAGGAAGCGGUCCCCUGCUCCCCCUAUCCAUGCUGAUGGGGAGGCAGGCGGAGCGGGGAAAGGGGGAAGGGGCGGGGGGACGGCGGGAGGGGCGGGGAGAGGCGGGGAGGAGCUGCAGGAGGUGGUGCAUGAGGCUGGGGCGGCGGGGAGUGCGAUUGUGAGGGAUGAGAAGGCGUUGGACUCGGUUGUGAAGGUGUUCUGCGUGCACACUGACCCUAACUUCUCCCUCCCCUGGCAGCGCAAGAGACAGUACAGUUCCAACAGCAGCGGGUUCAUAAUUGAGAACCGCCGUGUGCUCACCAACGCGCACUCCGUGGAGCACCACACGCAGGUGAAGGUUAAGAAGCGGGGAUCAGACACCAAGUAUCUGGCUACUGUGCUCGCUGUGGGCACUGAGUGUGAUAUAGCGCUGCUCUCGGUGGAGGACGAUGAGUUCUGGAAGGACGUGCAGCCUCUCAAGCUGGGGUCUCUCCCGCACCUGCAGGACCCGGUGACCGUCGUGGGGUACCCCAUAGGCGGAGACACAAUCUCAGUGACCAGUGGAGUGGUCUCACGAAUCGAGGUGACAGCGUACGUGCACGGGGCGUCAGAGCUGCUGGGCGUGCAGAUCGACGCCGCCAUCAACUCAGGGAACUCGGGCGGGCCGGCGUUCAACGCGGCGGGCGAGUGUGUGGGGAUCGCGUUCCAGUCGAUGCGCGGCGAGGAGGCGGAGAACAUCGGUUACAUCAUCCCCACACCGGUUAUCCACCAUUUUAUCUCGGAUUAUGAUCGCAACGGCCACUACACCGGGUUCCCCAUCCUAGGAGUGGAGUGGCAGAAGAUGGAGAAUCCAGACAUGCGCAAGGCGCUGGGCAUGGAGGCGGGGCAGAAGGGCGUGAGGGUGAGGCGCCUGGAGCCCACCUCGCCUGCCGCCCAGCUGCUGCAGACUUCAGACAUCCUUCUCUCGUUUGAUGGCGUCGCAGUGGCAAAUGAUGGCACAGUGCCGUUCCGCAAGGGCGAGCGCAUAGGCUUCAGCUACCUGGUGUCUCAGAAGUACGAGGGGGAGACGGCACAGAUCAACGUGCUCAGGGCCGGCAAGGUGCUGCAGCUGCAGGUGGAGCUGAGGCGCCACAAGCGCAUGGUGCCCGUGCACAUUGCGGGGCUGCCUCCGUCCUACUUCAUUGUGGCUGGGAUUGUCUUCACCUGGGUCACUGUGCCCUAUCUCAAGGCAGAGUACGGCAAGGACUAUGACUAUGAUGCACCGGUGAAGCUGCUCGACAAGCUGAUGCACCGCAUGAGACAGUCGGACGACGAGCAAGUUGUUGUCAUCUCACAGGUGCUGGUGGCGGAUGUGAACAUAGGCUACGAGGAGGUGGUGAACACGCAGGUGGUGGGCUUCAACGGCGAGCCAGUGAAGAACCUGCUGCAGCUCGCUCGGCUGGUGGACGAGUGCACCGAGCCGUUCAUGAAGUUUGACCUGGACUACGAGCAGCUGGCUCGGCUGGUGGACGAGUGCUCUGAGCCGUUCAUGAAGUUCGACCUGGACUACGACCAGCUGGGGGAGGAGUGCAGUGAGCCGUUCAUGAAACAAUGGGAGGAGGCGUACGGGCUGCAAAAAGAGUCCCUUCUGCCCCCGGAGAAGAUUUCCCUGCCCGCUGACGUGGCAGCAGCUCCGCAUUUGGAGGCGUGCAGCGAGGUAUCGGCGCACAGACGGGCAGCGGAGGAUCGAGGGCCUAAUGGGGAGUCCCCUGAGUGGGCUCGACCUAAAGACUGCUGCGGCUGCAACCCACAGCCACCAUGGAUUCGCGGGUCUGACGCAGCCAAUCUGGGCAUGACACGUGUGGCACAGAGGGACAUCUGGGAGCACCAGUUCCCGCCCAAUCGGUGUGAGGGGCGGCGCCUGCUCAUUGCUCCGUGGUCCUACAUCGCCCAUGGGAUCGGGUCGCAGUUGCACAUAGUGACGGCCAUUCUCAGCCUGGCCAUGCGCCACAACCGCACGCUGGUUCUCCAGUAUCCGUCGUUUGACCGCGCCAAGCACGACGAGUGCAAUGCCACAGGAGCAUGGGGCACGUUCAACUGCUACUUCUUCCCUCUCACCUCUCCUGACUGCGAAGCCAUCGCUCUCAACUCCAACAGCAGCGGGUCGCUGCCGCCCUGCUGCACGCCCAGCACCAAGGAGGAGGUGCUAGCAUCGGACCAUCCCAUCGUGUGCUUCCAUGGGGAGCCCUUCAAUGGGCUUCAGUUCGAAGCCAGCAUUGCCAGCAAGUGGGGUACGGCGUACUUGGAGCGGCCUAACAUGAUAGAGCUGCAGGGGCAGGUGGAGAGAGACAACCCGCAGCACAUCAAGGUGCACUGGUGGCGCAGCCAGGCGCUGCGCUUCAUGCUGCGCUGGCCCUCGCCGUACCUCUGCCAUCUCACCAACCGCAUUCGCCACGGCUCAUACGGGCUGCGUGUUGCUACCCACACGGUGCAAGCCCGCGAUCGCAGCGCUGCCCUCCUCAGACUCUACAACGACCACCUCGCUGCUGCCUCCUCCUCUUCACCCCCUGCUGCUGCCUCCUCAACGUCUCUCCGCCCCCUCAGUCUCAACCACACCGAUCCAUCUUUCCUUUCCUUUGCCGACCCAGCCGUGCACGUCCGGGCCUGGCCCGGGCUCGGCGUCGCGAGCUGCUCAGGCUCGGCGAGCUCUCCCGGGCCUGCACCCACCUUCCGAGCCUAUCUGACGAGCCUGUACGAGAGGGUGGGGCGAGAGGUGUACAUGCCUCGGCCGAUGGUGAGCCUGCACAUCCGGCAGGGCGACAAGGGGAGUGAGAUGAAGCUGAGCUCAUUCAACUCCUUCAUGUUCUAUAUGCACCGCCUCAGACUCCACGUUCCUGACAUCCGAUUCGUGUGGAUCAGCACUGAAAUGCAGUCCGUGAUCGACCAAUCAACGCAGUUCAAAGACUGGACUUUCUUCUACUCGCAGAACGAGAGGCAGCUGGGCGACAUGCGGCUGAUAGACUAUGAGAAGAAGUGUGGGAGGGCACAGCUGGUGGGGGUGAGCUUUGCCAACUUGCUCAUCUCAUCGGAGUGCGACUACUAUGUGGGCGUGCUUGGGUCCAACUGGAACAGGUUGAUCAAUGAGAUGCGGGCCACGAGCGGACGGGUGUUUGCGGGGUAUGUCGCGAUCAACAAUGGUGAAUUCUAG